CGGUGACCCACCACUAUCCACAACGGUACCGCACCAAUCAUUGAAAAGAAGGGUUAGGGUUUCUACUGUAGAAAGCGCAAAGUGGGAUAGACUGCUAGCCACUGGCCCCCAGAUCGCGAGUUCCCUCCUCUUUUCUUCACACUCGUAGCUUGUCUCGUCGCGUGUUCUCCACGAACACCCUUUGACCAAACAGCAUCCCUUCGACAUACAUCAAGGCUAUCACAGACAGUCUUUUCCCUUCAACCCCAAUUUGAUCUCUAUCCGCUUGGCGCUGUGUCUACGCGUGUCUCGCGUAACUCCAAGUGCGUCUUCUUCGCUCGCGCCAACCUCAUAACACCACGCGAAUUAGGCUCGACGGCGAAGCUGUGCUAACAGAGUUGUGCGCUCAGUCCCUGAUGAUGGCAUCUCAGACAUCUCCAACAGCGUCGAUGCACCCUCAUCACGUCGUCCAACAGGGCCGAGGGCAGCCCAAUGGCCAUGUUGCCUUGCAGCCGCCGCAUCAGGCAAAGCCAGCAUCGCAGUUCCUCCAGCAGGCGAAUGAGGGCAUCUGGCUGCAGCUUGGAAGUGUCUCCGAGAUGAUGGGCGAGUACGAUAGCGCGACGCAAGCAUACGAACGCGCCCUCAGCUUCAACCACCAUUCGGUCCAGGCCAUGCUCGCCAUCUCGUGUAUUCUUCGUUCCAAGGAUCAGUUCCCUGCUGCUGUCGAGUACCUCAAGCAGAUCCUGAGAAUCGAGGUUGCCAAUGGCGAGGUUUGGAGUGCUCUUGGCCACUGUUACCUCAUGAUGGACGAUCUCCAGCAAGCCUACUCUGCAUAUCAGCAGGCCUUGUACCACUUGCCCGAUCCCAAGGAACCCAAGCUCUGGUAUGGUAUCGGCAUCCUUUACGAUCGCUAUGGUUCGCUCGAGCAUGCCGAAGAAGCCUUCUCCCAAGUUAUGCGCAUGGAUCCUCGCUUCGAAAAGGCCAACGAGAUAUACUUCCGCCUGGGUAUAAUAUACAAGCAGCAGCAAAAGUUCCAGCAAAGUCUAGAGUGCUUCAAAUAUAUCGUCACCGACCCUCCCCGACCCCUAAGCGAAGAGGACAUCUGGUUCCAGAUCGGUCAUGUGUACGAACAGCAGAAGGAGUACGACUCGGCCAAGAGCGCCUACAUGCGUGUGCUCGACCGCGACCCCAACCACGCCAAAGUACUGCAGCAGCUUGGAUGGCUGCACCACCAGCAGAGCACCAGCUUCAGCAGCCAAGAGCAGGCAAUAGAAUACUUGGAGAAGUCGGUCAACUCUGAUCAGACUGACGCGCAGAGCUGGUACCUCCUCGGUCGCUGCUACAUGUCUCAGCAAAAAUACCCCAAAGCAUACGAGGCAUACCAGCAGGCCGUCUACCGUGACGGACGCAACCCUACAUUCUGGUGUUCGAUCGGUGUUUUGUACUACCAGAUCAACCAGUACCGCGAUGCUCUGGACGCCUAUUCGAGAGCUAUCCGCCUUAACCCCAACAUCUCCGAGGUCUGGUACGAUCUCGGCACUCUGUACGAGUCUUGUAACAAUCAGACUAACGACGCUCUCGAUGCUUACUCGAGAGCUGCUGAGCUCGACCCGACCAACGUCCAUAUCAAGGCUCGUCUUGCCUUGCUCAAGGGCCAACCUACCAACGGCCUGCCUAACCAGGCCGGCGCACCACUCCCUCAAGACGUGCCUCCGCAAGCCUACCAGCCAGGCGCCUUGGGUGCUGGCCCGCCGGCUCCUCAGUGGGGCGCUCCUCCCCCAGGUCAGGCCCAAGCUGCCCAGCAGCCUCCUGGCGCUGACUGGUCUCGUACCAAUCGUCUUGCCGACCUUCAGAACCCUCAGAAUCCUGGCGCUCAGCCUCAGAUGUUGAACCCCUACGACUCACGAGAUCGCCUUGCUCAACACGUCCCUCCUCGCCAGCCCACGCCCCCAAAGCAAGAGCCUAGACAGUACCAGGAUCAGCCUCAGCGACCUCCCCCACCAGCCCACAGAGGCCUGUCACCCUCCCCUAAGGUGCUCUACAACGCCCCUGGUCCUGGAGCCUAUCCUCCGGCACCCCAGGCGCAGACUCCUUCUCAGCUCCCUCAGCCUCUGCCCCAGCAGCAAGGCCCUGCUCCACCCAACCGCAUCGCCAACCCUAACUAUGGUCCCCAAUCGUCCAGCGUGCCUCCUCCGGCUGCAAGCAUGGGUGCACCUCCACCAGCUCCUGGCCAAGCUCCCGGUUACCCUAACAGAAUGGCCAGCCCUCCUGAGAUCCGUCCCAUCAUCGAGAGCCAGAAUACUUCUCCAAAUGGCAAGUUCGGUCGUCAGCCAUUUGAACACCACCCUACAUCGGGCACGCCCAGCAUUGCAGGAGGUGCUCCUCCACCAAAUGCAGCUUUGCAGGCUGCCGAGUCCGCAGCUAGAGAACGCGAAGAUCGCCCAUCGACCGCUCCUCCAAAGAGACACAGAGAGUGGGAAGACGAGGCGUCGAACAUGAGCUCUCAAAAGAAGCCCGCGAAUGAAGAGAGCCGUUCGCGUUUGGAGGAUCCAAGCAGCAGACGUGCAUCGCCACCGGAUCGCAUGGACCGUAUUCCCAACUCUCCAUACAGAAGUCCCUCGGAGACCCGACGUGCUGAUGAUCAGCGUCGCGCCACUGAAAACUACCACCCAUCUGAAGCUGCCCACCACCCACCAGCUCUUGGCCCACCUCAAGUCAAGCCUCAACCUUCUCCACGGAUCGGUGCUACCGAGGAGCGCAGGGAGCAGCAUACGCCAGCGCCACCUGCCCAGCAACUUGCUCCUCCUCCUCAGCCUCAGCCCCAACCUCCUACCCAGGCUCCAACACCUGUUCAGUCUCAGGCGGCCCCGCAACCCCAGCCUCAUUUGGAGCCCGCGGCUCGUAAGAUGGAUAUGGAUGAGGAUUACGAUGACAGUGGCGAUGAGGAGAAGAGGCCUGUCAAGCCUCAGAGUGAGAGAAACAGCCCCAAGGCAAGCAACGGCACCAACCACGAUUAAUGGAUUAUCUGCAAGUCACAAUUUGUUGACUCUGCAGCUGUUUGAGUCCGAUCAUAUCGUAUCCGGAUGCUACAUAGGCUUGAUAUCUGCCAGGCUAGAGAUUUGUGUAAAAAGUGCCUUAUAUAUUCAUAUGUUCAAUCCAUUUGUCAUCCACUUCGUAUGCCAGGACUAUGUGAUCUUGACACAACAACCAUGAAUCCCGGCAAGGAAGUGCAAUGAUUGACAUCCUGGACUCGGGUUCGCGCUCUCAUAAG